CGGCUCUAGCAGGAGCAGGCGGAGGAGGGGGAGCAGGAGGAGGUUGCGGUAUAGCGAGCUGCCAUCUCCUGAGCGCCCAGCAGUGCCUGCGGGCAGAGAGUUCAAGAUGUCCAAAAAAAUCCAUGGAGGGUCUGUUGUGGAGAUGCAAGGAGAUGAAAUGACCAGGGUGAUUUGGGAAUUGAUCAAAGACAAGCUGAUUUUUCCAUAUGUGGAUCUGGAUGUACACAGCUAUGACUUAGGCAUAGAAAAUCGUGAUGCAACAGAUGACAAAGUGACAGUGCAAGCGGCAGAAGCCAUAAAGAAGUACAACAUUGGCAUCAAGUGUGCGACCAUAACCCCUGAUGAGAAGAGAGUGGAGGAGUUCAAGCUGAAACAAAUGUGGAAAUCUCCCAAUGGGACCAUUCGUAACAUUCUGGGUGGUACAGUCUUCAGGGAAGCUAUUAUCUGCAAGAACAUCCCCCGACUGGUGACUGGAUGGGUGAAACCCAUUGUCAUUGGCCGUCAUGCAUAUGGGGAUCAAUACAGAGCAACAGAUUUUGUGGUUCCUGGUCCUGGAAAAGUAGAAAUGACUUACACACCAAAAGAUGGAGGUAAACCAGUGACAUAUGUGGUCCAUAACUUUGAAGACUGCGGUGGUGUUGCCAUGGGAAUGUACAAUCUUGACCACUCCAUCCAGGAUUUUGCACAUAGUUCUUUCCAGAUGGCAUUGUCUAAGGGCUGGCCUCUCUACAUGAGCACCAAAAACACCAUUCUGAAGAGAUAUGAUGGACGCUUCAAAGACAUCUUUCAGGAGAUCUAUGACAGAGAAUACAAGUCUCAGUUUGAAGCCCAGAAGAUCUGGUAUGAGCAUAGGCUCAUUGAUGACAUGGUGGCCCAAGCCCUAAAAUCUGAGGGAGGCUUCAUCUGGGCCUGCAAGAACUACGAUGGUGACGUGCAGUCUGACUCUGUUGCACAAGGCUAUGGCUCCCUGGGUAUGAUGACCAGUGUGCUGAUUUGCCCAGAUGGCAAGACAGUAGAAGCAGAAGCUGCUCAUGGAACGGUUACUCGUCAUUAUCGCCUGCACCAGAAAGGUCAAGAAACCUCCACCAAUCCCAUUGCCUCCAUUUUUGCGUGGACUAGAGGACUAGCUCACAGAGCUAAACUGGAUAAAAAUACUGACCUCAAGAACUUUGCCACUGCCUUGGAAGAGGUCUGUGUAGAGACUAUAGAAGCUGGUUUCAUGACAAAGGAUCUAGCUGCCUGCAUUAAAGGCUUGCCUAAUGUGACACGUUCUGACUACCUGAGCACAUUUGAGUUCAUGGACAAGCUUGCUGAAAACUUGAAACUGAAACUAGCCUCUGCAGCGAAACUCUAAGGUCCUGCCUUGAGAAGAGCUCCACAACGAAGCUUGUUCUCUUUGGGGAACUGGUUUACACUCUGUGUAACAUUUCAAACCUCUAGAAGAAAUCAACAUUAGAAAUUUUUUUAAUGAAACUUAAACUUGUAUCUUUUAACUUUUAGACUGCCUGGAUGGCUCUAUUUGGCCAACCAAAUGAAUGCAGUAGGGCAUCUAAAGCAUUCCUAGCAGGCUAGAGGUUAUUUUUUUCAUGAUUUCUCGUUCACUGUUGCCUCUUUUCUCAUCCGUCUCACUUCCAGACCAAAAAAUGUUGUGUUUAAACAACUGGUUAAAUAAGAAGUUAAUGUACAACAGACCGUAGAAACUGGAAAAGUCUCACUGCUCCAGCACCAUCUACUGACUGACUGAACAACCUCACUGGCUUGUAGCAGCUAUAGAGUAAACCCCUUCCUGUUGGUCUGAUUGUAUUUGUUAAUGACAGCCAGGACACAGUAGCCUGGUAAUGAAGGGUUCCUUAAAUCAGGGCUAUAGCUUUGAUGAGGCACUUAAUAAACAUAGUCUUCUCAGUUCUGCAUCAGACAGAAGUCUGAUAAAGCUAUAAUGCAGUCUGUGUAGAUGCAGGCCCAGUAUUUGGUUUAUACCCUUUUUCCUCUGUCAAGUACAAGAAUUGUUACCUCUGGCAGUUCCUGUGUGUUUCACUCGAGCUGUUUCCUCCCAGUAACUGAUUUAUUUUCUACUCAUUCUCCGUUAUCGUUGUGACUCUGAUAUUCAGCAUUAUGAUUUACUGUGGAACACUAUCCAUCCAUUGUUGAGUUUUUUAUUUUGGAAGGCUUUUUAGUACAAACUAAAAUACAACCAGAACUAAU